AGGCGGGACUUCCGGCGAGGACGUAUUUUCUUUCCGGUUGUUGGCUCCUGCCGGCCCCUCCCGGACUGGGCCUUGCGCCCCCCGCCCCCCCGGGGCUCCCAGCCGCCGGGCCGCCGCCACCAUGAAGAAAUUCUUCCAGGAGAUCAAGGCCGACAUCAAAUUCAAGAGCGCGGGCCCGGGACAGAAGCUUACAGAGUCGGUCGGGGAGAAGGCCCCCAAGGAAAAGCCCAAGCAGCAGGCGCUCCGGCAGCCCCGCCAGGGACCCACUGAUGAGGCUCAGAUGGCGGCCGCGGCGGCCCUGGCCCGGCUCGAGCAAAAGCAACCCAAGGCGCGGGGCCCCACAUCCCAGGAUUCUAUCCGGAACCAGGUGAGAAAAGAACUUCGAGCUGAAGCAACUGUCAGUGGGAACCAGGAGGCCCCAGGGACCAACACGGUGCCCGAGCCCAAAGAAGAAGGCUCAGCCCACCUAGCGGUACCUGGAGUGUACUUCACCUGCCCACUCACGGGGGCCAUCCUGAGGAAGGACCAGAGGGAUGCCCGCAUCAGAGAGGCCAUUCUCUCACACUUUUCCACCGACCCAGUGGCUGCUUCUAUCAUGAAGAUCCACACGUUCAACAAGGACCGUGACCGGGUGAAGCUGGGCGUGGACACCAUUGCCAAGUACUUGGACAAUAUCCACCUGCAUCCGGAGGAGGAGAAAUACCGGAAGAUCAAGCUGCAGAACAAGGUGUUCCAGGAGCGCAUUAACUGCCUGGAAGGGACCCAUGAGUUUUUUGAGGCCAUCGGCUUCCAGAAGGCACUGCUUCCAGUCCCUGACCAGGAGGGCCCUGAAGAGUUCUACGUGCUGAGCGAGGAGGCCUUGGCCCAGCUACAGAGUCUGGAGCGGCAUAAAGAGCAGCUGCUGCACGCUGAGCCUGUGCGGGCCACACUGGCCCGUCAGUGCCGGGUCUUCCGGCCCUCGCCCCUGGCUUCCCAGUUCGAUCUGCCCGCGGAUUUCUUCAACCUCACUGCUGAAGAGAUAAAGCGGGAGCAGAGGCUGCGGUCUGAGGCCGUGGAGCGGCUGAGCGUGCUGCGGACCAAGGCCAUGCGUGAGAGGGAGGAGCAGAGGGAGAUGCGCAAAUACACGUACACAGUGCUGCGUGUGCGCUUCCCUGAUGGCUGCCUGCUGCAGGGGACCUUCUACGCCCGGGAGCGGGUGGCGGCACUGUACGGCUUUGUCCGUGAGGCCUUGCAGAAUGACUGGCUACCUUUUGAGCUGCUGGCCUCAGGAGGGCAGAAGUUGUCGGAGGACGAGAACCUGGCCUUCAAUGAGUGUGGGCUGGUACCCUCGGCCCUCCUGACCUUCUCAUGGGACGCAGCUGUGCUAGAGGACAUCAAGGCUGCAGGGGCCAAGCCAGACACAUCUAUCCUGAAACCUGAGCUCCUGUCGGCCAUCGAGAAGCUCUCGUGAAAUAAAAGCAGGGCUGGCUUCA